AUGGCUGCCUCGGACAUCGGUGGGCAGAAGGGAUAUGUGGAUAGCCACUUUCACAUAUGGGAUUUACAGAAAUUCGAUUAUCCAUGGCCAACGUCACAGGAAGGACCCAUUUAUCGUAAUGUUAGCCCCAAGGAAUAUGUUAAUAGCUUAAACGGUACUCCGGUCAGACAUGGUGUAUUUGUCCAGUGUCUAAACGGAAAUCCGGAAGAAUCCAAAUGGGUUAUGGACCAGGCGAAGUCAUAUCCGGAAGUCAAAGGCGUUGUUGGAGGCAUUGACCUAACAGAUCCAAACUUACGCGAGACCCUAACAGACCUCAGGAAGUAUCACUUAUUUAAGGGAGUCCGACACAUUCUUGACAUGGAGGACCCUACAUGGAUCACACGUGAUGACGUUCACAAGGGGCUGACCGUCCUGGAAGAAUUAGGGUUGACCUUUGACCUGCUAUUGAGGCCACAUCAUUUGUCUUACAUACCAGGAGUGGUGGCAAAAUUCCCCAGACUUAAAAUGGUGGUAGAUCAUAUAGCGAAACCGUACAUCAAAGACAAGAAGAUUGACCAGUGGAAACUGGACAUGUCCGAGAUAGCCAAACAAAGUGACAACCUGUAUUGUAAAAUAUCUGGCCUCGUGACAGAAGCUGACUGGAAUUCAUGGCAAACCGAAGACUUUGUUCCUUACGUUCAGCACAUCUUAUCGUGUUUUGGAGUGGACAGAGUGAUGUUCGGGUCCGACUGGCCAGUGUGUACCCUGACUAAGGCUUCAUUUAACGACGUGUACGAUCUGUUUAACAGACUUAUCAGCUCGUUAUCAGUGGAGGACAAGGUCAAGGUGUUACGUGAUAAUGCAAAGGAUUUCUACUCACUCGAUAUAUAAUAUUCCUUACAGACAUACUCGGUUGUGGACAGUUUCUGAAAUUUGACCCUUCUUAUUGCAGCAGAUAUUUGUUCAUAACAAUCUUUGUAGAAAGGUCUUCCA